CACAUUUUUGUCUAGUAAACUGUAGCUAACGCUUUACCCCGCAUAUGUCUGCUCGGAAAACAGCUUCAUCUACCAAAAAUAAAUAGUUCCGUUAAUUUAAGAAUAUCCCCGAUGAUAUGGGUUUAGCCUACUAAGCAUCUGCGUGGCGCGUGAGAGUGGCUGGUGAGCUGCCUCUCCGAAUUAUCUGAAGUUCUUCAAACAAGUAAGAGAUAUAAUGCUUCUUCAACGAGACGAGCUUCAAUGAAACAAUGAUUUCGUUCAUCAGUGGUAGGUGGUGGAGAUGGAAGUUCCAGAAUACUCUCGCAGUUUUCCUGCUGCUGAUCUGCUUUUUGAUCUCAGUAGCACAGAGCUGCCAGAGUAGCGUCAACUGCACUGUGGUGCUCACCGACUCCCAGGGGUCUUUUACCUCCCCCUGCUACCCCAAUGACUACCCAUCCAGUCAGGCCUGCAAGUGGACCAUACAGGCCCCAACUGGCUUUAUAGUGCAGAUCACCUUCCUAGAUUUUGAGCUUGAGGAAGCACACGGCUGCAUCUAUGACCACAUCAUCAUCAGCACUGGCACGAGUGAUGCCAAAUUUUGUGGCUUAACACCCAAUGGACUAACUCUCAACUCCAGUGACAAUGUGAUGGAGGUUUCCUUUAACUCAGACUUUAGUAUCCAAAAGAAAGGCUUCAAUAUCAGUUACAAGCAAGUGGCAGUGCAACUGAGGAACCAGAAGGUCACAAUACCAAAAAGCAGCAAGAAUGCAGUGAGAGUGUCCAAUUCAGUCUCCAUUCCUGUUCUCACUGCAUUCACUGUGUGCUUUGAGAUCGCCCGCACAGCCCAGAAGAGCACAGAGACCAUCUUUACCUUGUCUGAUGCCUCUGUGACAUCCAUUUUGGCAUUUGAGAAGACCGUGAGAGGUAUGGAACUGUUCAUCGACGGUUCCAAUUGCUCUGUAAAUGACCUGCUCACCAGCUCAGACAUCACAUCCAGCAUGACACCCAUGUGCCUCACCUGGACCAAGUCUACUGGCCUUGUGGCAGUGUACUUUGGAGGCCGAUAUCGAGCCAAAACCUGCGCAACCUCUCAGGUUUACACCUUGCGGAGUGGGGGAGUCCUCCAGCUUGCAGGAAAAGGGUCAAGCUCGGUCAGUGUGGAUGAUCAGAAUUUGGAUGGCUUCAUAUACAAUUUCCGAUUAUGGGAUUAUGCCAUGCCCUACUCCGAGCUGUCUGCCCUCCCCUGUGAUGUUCAGGGAAACAUCAUCGACUGGGAACAGCGCUACUGGACUAUCCCAGGCAGUUACACACAGACCGACAGCACACUCAGCUGCAGCACUGCCUUAGCAACUCUUUCCCCGGGAACCAUGGGUUGUGCUUCCCCUGGACUUGGCUGCCCAGAGGAUAUUUUUUACAGAGUAUCCCUUGUGGUAACUGAUGUACAAGCAAACACCCCAGACAGAGAUGCUAAGAAGAUGAUAUCUCAAUGGCUCAAUCAAACAUUUCAAAACUGGACCUACAGAGUUUAUGUUGAAGGUGUCAGGAUCUUGCUUCUCAGACAAACCUACAUAGCCCUGCUGGUGUAUAAGAAUACCACUGAUGCAAGUCUGGCAGAAGUAGAGAUUGAGAACAAACUGAGAAGUGCCCCAGCAAUUGGAAAUGGCUUGAUAUUGGACAGUGUGACUGUGAAAUUAAUGGAAAACUGUCAGGCAGAGGAGUUCCCAUUCCAUUACAGAUGGUCACAGAGCAGACCCACAGUUACCCAGUAUGUCCCCUGUUUCCCUUACAAAGAACAAAACGCAUCCAGGACUUGCAUGAUUAACCAGUAUAAUUAUACAUCAUAUUGGACCCUGCCAGACCGUGGAAACUGCACUAAUAUAACAAACAUUUUAGUUUCACAAGAGAAUGCAAUGGAAGUGGCCGUGCAGCUCGCUGACAUCACUAAUAAUGAGCUCUCUAAGGAGGAGGUGACAGAGAUUCUCAUCAAGUUGAAGGAGCUUGUGAACAUAGCCAAAAUCAACGCCACCCUGGCCAGCACUGUGGUCACUAUCAUCUCCAACGUCAUGAGCAGCUCAGAGGCCGCUCAAAAGGAUGCCUCAGAGACAGCUCUCAGAGCAGUGGAUGAAUUGGUGCAGAAGAUUGAGUUUGAUGGACCCUCACUAGCCAUCAAAUCCAAAUAUCUGGCUGUUGGAGUUUCUGCUCUAAACAUCAGCAAUUUUAAUGGGACAACUUUUAGUGCUUUUAUAGCCACAAACCAGACGGACCCUCAGAUCGAUUUUGAGUCAGAAGCCCAGAAUGCUUUGGCUGUGGUCACUUUACCUCCAACACUACUGCACAACUUGAGUAAUUCGCAAUUAGAAAGAGUUUCCAGAAUAAACUUCCUGUUCUUUAGCAAGACAGGACUCUUUCAGGCUUGGAAAAGCAAUGGCAUGUCCUUGAACAGCUAUGUGGUGGCUAGCAGUGUUGGUAACUUCACAAUCAAAAACCUGCAGGAUCCCGUCAAAAUAGAGAUUUCCCAUCUGGAGUACCAGAAAAAUCCGAAGCGUCUUUGUGUGUUUUGGGAUUUCACCCUUCAAAGUGAAGGUCGCAUAGGGGGCUGGAACAGUGAGGGCUGCGAGGUCAGUUCGGAGUCCAACAGCAACAGGACCAUUUGCUUUUGUAAUCACCUCACACACUUUGGCAUUCUAAUGGACAUUUCUGGAGCUUCUGCACAGAUAGAUGAGAAGAACAACAGGGUUCUCACCUUCAUUACCUACAUCGGCUGUGGCAUCUCAGCCAUUUGUUCCGCAGCAACACUGCUCACAUACAUCGCUUUUGAGAAGCUGCGGCGAGACUAUCCCUCCAAGAUUCUGAUGAAUCUCAGCACGUCACUGCUCUUCCUCAACAUGGUGUUUCUUCUGGAUGGCUGGUUGGCCUCGUACAACAUUGAGGGAUUGUGUGUGACAGUGGCUGUUUUUCUGCACUUUUUCCUUCUCACUUCCUUCACCUGGAUGGGUUUAGAGUCCAUCCAUAUGUACAUUGCCCUGGUCAAGGUAUUCAACACCUACAUACGGCGAUACAUCCUAAAGUUUUGUCUCGUGGGAUGGGGUGUACCUGCUUCAAUUGUUGGCCUAGUGUUGGCUGUGGACAAAAAUUCUUAUGGAAAAAACUAUUAUGGAAAAGGAGAGAAUGGACAGGGCACAGAAUUCUGCUGGAUUCGUAGUCCGGUUGUAUUCUACGUGACGUGCGUGGGCUACUUUUCCAUGAUCUUCCUAAUGAAUGUUGCCAUGUUCAUCGUGGUCAUGAUGCAGAUCUGUGGCCGUAACGGCAAGCGUAGCAACCGAACAGUUAAAGAGGAGAUGUUACGUAACCUGCGCAGUGUGGUCAGCCUGACUUUCUUGCUGGGCAUGACCUGGGGCUUUGCUUUUUUUGCCUGGGGUCCAGUCAGCUUGGCCUUCAUGUACCUCUUCUCCAUUUUCAACUCCCUACAGGGAUUAUUCAUAUUUGUGUUCCACUGUGCCCUGAAAGAAAAUGUACAGAAGCAAUGGAGGAGAUAUUUGUGCUGUGGAAAGUUCCGCUUGGCAGAUAACUCGGACUGGAGUAAGACUGCCACUAAUAAUACCAAGAAAGUGAGUUCCGAUAACCUGGGAAAAUCCCUCUCCUCCAGUUCCUUUGGCUCUACUACGGCCAACUGGACGUCUAAAGCCAAAGCCACACUAAAUCCCUUUGCCAGGCACAGUAAUGCAGGUAAAGGUUUCUCCAGUCAGAGCAGUCCCAAAUGCAGCCCUUCUGAUGUAGAGGCUUCCUCGUCCAUUCUCCCCGUCCACCAGGUCCUGGACAAGGUAAAAGGCUACUGCUCCGUACGCUCGGACAACUUCUACAAAAACAUUAUCAUGUCAGACAGCUUUAGCAACAGCACUAAAUUCUAGUGAGAGGAGGCUGAGAAGAAGCCCUGUUCUUUCCCACACACUUACCUUAUGUGUAAAAGACUAUGCUACAUAUUGAGUUAACCUUCCAAGCCCUUCCACCCUCCACGACUGGAGUAGAGAAACGCAUAACCUUGUAGAGAGAGCAAGCUCUGAAAGGGUGGAAUUGACAUACUGUGAUAUUCAUCUUAUAGUGACUAUGUGAUCUGUAAAUAUUCAUAAUAUAUUUUACUAUUUGUGUUUUAUUUUUAAUUUCGGUUUUGCAUACUCUUUUUGCACAUUACUUUUGUUUUUUGUUUUUGUAUAUAUAAAUGCAUAAAUGCUUGCAAUGGCAGAAAAAAAUGGGACCAUUUCACAACCAAAGACUGACUGACAAACAUGAGGAGUA